AGGUCAAGGUGAAUUGGGCAACGACUCCAAGCAGUCAGAAGAAGGACACAUCCAAUCAUUUCCAUGUUUUUGUGGGAGAUCUGAGUCCUGAGAUCACCACUGAUGAUAUUAGAGCGGCAUUUGCUCCCUUUGGGAAAAUCUCGUAAGUUUUAAGCAGUUUUGUGCUUUGCCACUGAGGUUUAUUAUACGAAAUCAUUCGUAUAAUUUUAAUCUAAUGAUUACUUAGACUAAGAUGUCUGUUGUCCUAUUUUUUUCCCCCAAGUAUACUUGUCAUUGAGUUGAGGGGAAAAGGACUUGACCGUGUUUGCUGUGUGUUAUAGGAGAGACAUGAAUCUAAGGUGGAAGUCUAAAAUUUAAAUGCAACUAAAUUCAUAUACGCAUUAAAUCUGAAGCACUAUCUCUGCAGGUCUUUAUCUAUUGCCCACUACCACUAGUAAAUCUGCACAUGUUCUUCAGUUGCCAAAACAAUAAAAGAAAUUAGCUUUUUAGGACUUUUUAGGAAAAACUGUGUCUAGAGCGAUGUUGUAAAGGUAUUCCUUAAAAAAAUUAUUCACUACCACUACACAGUCUUGAUACAAUUGAGGAAAUGGUAAGUAAAUUUGACUGUUUACUUCUAAAACAGUUCAAUAUUUGGUUAAAAUUGUUACAAUAAAGCUAAACAUUUUUCAGAUUCCUUUUUAGCUGUGAGUGUUAGUUAAUAGCACUCUGGUUAUUUUACAGAAAUGCUCAUAGGAUUGGACAGGAGCUUGAAGGCUAACAGCAAGGAACUGUGCACACUGGGGACUCAGAUGUAGAUUUUUUUCUAUUUACUCUUUAUCUUUUUUAUAUUUAUAUACUGCCAUAUUUUUGUAUUAACAUUGAAGUAGUGUAGUUUUUUUUUUAACAAUCCUUCAAUAUUUCUUGAACUUGUAAAAGUGUUGUAUUUUGUGGUUUGCCUAGUUGUUUUGAUAGUUUGAUUCUCUUAAAAUUCUGAAAAUGUCAAUUUUUCGAAAUUUGCAGCUUCCCAAACUCCAUAAUGGUGGUAAAGAAUUGACCAGGAAAAAUAAAGAAAUCAGUUAACAGGCCAUGGAUGCACGUGUGGUGAAGGAUAUGACAACAGGGAAAUCAAAGGGGUAUGGAUUUGUGUCCUUCUAUAACAAACUGGAUGCAGAGAAUGCAAUAGUACAUAUGGGCGGCCAGUGGUUAGGAGGACGGCAGAUUCGGACCAACUGGGCCACUCGGAAGCCCCCAGCCCCUAAGAAUACUCAAGAUACCAGCCCAAAGCAGUUGAGAUAUGAAGAUGUUGUGAACCAGUCAAGUCCACAGAACUGCACUGUAUACUGUGGUGGCAUCCAAUCAGGACUCUCGGACCACCUGAUGCGACAGACGUUUUCACCUUUUGGCCAAAUAAUGGAAAUCAGAGUUUUCCCAGAAAAAGGCUAUUCUUUUAUCAGGUUUUCUUCUCAUGAAAGUGCUGCCCAUGCCAUUGUGUCAGUGAAUGGAACAACUAUUGAAGGCCAUAUUGUUAAGUGCUACUGGGGCAAAGAGUCACCUGAUAUGGCAAAAACUGUACAGCCUGUAACAGAACAACAGGUGGAAUAUGGACAGUGGGGUCACUGGAAUCAGAUGUAUGGGAAUCCCCAGCAGUAUGGCCAGUACAUGACAAAUGGGUGGCAAGUACCUUCCUAUGGAAUGUACGGACAGACAUGGAAUCAGCAGGGAUUUGGAGUGGAACAGUCACAGUCUCCUGCUUGGGUCGGAGGUUUUGGAACUCAGCCCUCUCAGGCACAGCCUGGUCCUGUGAUGAACCAGGCUAAUUUUGGCAUGGCUGGCUACCAGACACAGUGAUUUGUUCAUCACUUUCCACUUUGUGGGAUCUGAGUCACUUUGUGGGAGCCCUCUUUCUCAAGUUAGGAGAGAAUAAAGAGACUCAUAGAAGUCGUUGACUUUUUCCCCUAGAAAACAUUCAGAACUGACCUGAAUCAGGGUGUAAGUGCAAAGAAGCAAAUUUUGAUUAUAGAACGACUUCAGCAGGAAACUGAAUUUAUUUGCGAAAUUUAUUUUCAUUGUUUUAAUGGAGUCGGACAUAAUAAACUGUACAUUUCACGUUUCCCCCUCCAUCUGUAUUCAACAAUAUAUUUGCUUAUUGCCAAUUACAGAAAGUGCACAGGUACAUUGCAAAAUGCUGUACAUGAUUUAAACAAUGAUGCAUUUUAAACUUUCAUUUUUCCCAAAUAGCUGAUGUUUGCUUGUUAGUCACACAAUGGACUUCAAAUUUUGUACCUAAAGAAGCAAAACAAACGUUCUGACACAGUAAACACAUGUAAGUAAAGGCACUUUUUGGGGUUCAUUGGACCUGUGUCUUGUAAAUGUUGAAGUGUAAAUGAAUUUCUAUGUGCAGUUGUGUAUAUUUAAUUCACAUUAGCUCCUCAUUUCUCUCAGAAGUCUAGAGUUUGAUACAGCGUGUAUGAUGUUAUCUUUUUACUAUGUUUUACCGACAGUGAAAUCUCGUUCACUUUAAAGAAAGAGUCACUCUGGAUGAUUAUGUAAAUAACCUUUGAUAACUGGGUAUGGAAAAGGGUAUUCAGUACAUCCCUUCUUUAUUUCUGAAUAGAGCAGAACGGUACUGCUCUUGAUCGACACAUGUCCAUGUGGCUGACAUGCUGAAUUCACUCAGUGUUACAAAGAAGCCUUAAUUUUCAGUCGCUCAGUUUUACUGACCUGAGACCCUUGUAGAAAGCUGUAUUUGUUGAUUUAUAGACCCUACAGUAGAUUUUCUCCAUUUGCAGUUUUGACAAAUAUGCGUGCCAUUUUCUCUAGUAGCCAGACAAAUGAGAUUUGUUUUUUUGGGGGGGUGGGGGCAGACUUUGUAGAUUUGAAAUGCAUGUUUCAAAUCACAUUUGUUGAGGUUGCUUCAGGAACCGAAUGUAAUAGGUAAAAUGUUUGAAUGCAGUCUAGCAUUUGAUAAAUUUUAAGUCUAAAUGAGUCUCAAUAAAUGAACCAUUGGACUAGGAA